UUUCUGAUUCCACAACUGAAAUACACUACCCAUAAGCACCAAUAUUUCUAAUCGACUAGGUCGGCAUAUCCCGAGGAUGUGACAUGUAUCUCCGUGUGAUGUUUACACUUUGCUACAGUUCUUUGUCUCGAGCAUAAUAAAUCAUUAUGUCUGGGGCAUAGAUACAUUUAUUUUUUUGUAUAAGAAACAUUGCCAUCAUACCAUUUUUGGAUCAAGAAUUUUCGGAUCAACAUUUUCAGAACUUUUUUCUUGUUUUUUUCCAGCACUCGAAAUAGACGAGGCGGCUCAUACGAAAACUCCAGGAUAAGGUAUCCGGUAGUUCUACAGAGCAGCAGCCAUGGUGUUGAUCCUGGGCAGACGGCUGAACAGGGAGGACUCUGGGACCCGGGACUCCCCCGCUGUCAAACGAAAGGUGUUCGAGGUGGACUCCAAGACGCUGACCGGUAAUGAAGUGCUGGACUUCUCCUCCGGCUCCUCCCACUCAGAGGCCAUUUUGCAGGUGUUCAAUGAGUUCCGCGACAGCCGCCUCUUCACCGACGUGGUCAUCAGCGUGCAGGGCCGCGAGUUCCCCUGCCACCGCGCUGUGCUCUCUGCCUGCUCCUCCUACUUCCGCGCUAUGUUCUGCAACGACCACCGUGAGUCACGCGAGAUGCUGGUGGAGAUCAAUGGCAUUCUGGCCGAGGCCAUGGACUCCUUCCUCAGCUACGUCUACACAGGCCGCGCCAAGAUCACCACCGACAACGUGCAGUUCCUAUUCGAGACCUCCAGCCUCUUCCAGAUCUCCACGCUGCGUGAAGCCUGCGCCAAGUUCCUAGAAGACCAACUAGACCCUUGCAACUGCUUGGGAAUCCAGCGAUUCGCAGAUGCCCACUCUCUGAAACAGCUAGCCAGCCGCUGCCGCUCAUACGCCCUUGCCAGCUUCCCUGAUGUGGCCCAACACGAGGAGUUCCUGGACCUGAGGAGGGACGAGCUGGAGGAGUACAUCUGCAGUGACGAACUGGCCAUCGGGAAGGAGGAGGUGGUGUUUGAGGCGGUGAUGCGCUGGGUGUACCACAGUGUGGAGCCCCGGAGGCCCGUGCUUAAAGAACUGCUGCACCACGUCCGCCUGCCCCUGCUGCACCCCAACUACUUUGUCCAGACAGUGGAAGGAGAUCAGAUCAUUCAGACCGCUCCAGAGUGCUACCAGCUCCUCCACGAGGCCCGACGGUACCACGUACUGGGCAACGAGAUGAUGUCACCCAGAACCCGCCCACGCAGGUCAACAGGCUUCUCAGAGGUGAUCGUGGUGGUGGGGGGCUGUGAGAGGGUCGGGGGGUUCAACCUGCCUUACACAGAGUGUUACGACCCUGUGACAGGAGAGUGGAAGUCCCUGGCCAAGCUCCCAGAGUUCACCAAGUCAGAGUACGCCGUCUGUGCCCUCCGCAACGACAUCCUGGUCUCAGGGGGCCGUAUCAACGGCAGAGAUGUGUGGAUGUACAACUCUCAGCUCAACCUAUGGAUCCGAGUUGCUUCACUCAACAAAGGACGCUGGAGACACAAGAUGGUGGUCCUACUGGGGAAGGUCUAUGCAGUGGGAGGGUAUGACGGUCAGAGUCGUCUGAGCAGUGUGGAGUGCUAUGACUCCUUCUCUAACCGCUGGACAGAGGUGGCUCCCAUGAAGGAGGCGGUCAGUUCUCCGGCCGUGUCCAGCUGUGCUGGGAAGCUCUUUGUCAUCGGGGGAGGGCCCGAUGACAACACUUGCUCUGAUAAGGUCCAGUGCUAUGAUCCAGAGGCAGACACCUGGGCGCUAAGGACAAGCAUUCCCAUCGCUAAGCGCUGCAUCACGGCGGUCUCCCUGAACAACCUGAUCUAUGUGUCAGGUGGUCUAACCAAGUCUAUCUUCUGCUACGACCCUGCGGAGGACUACUGGAUGCACGUGGUGCACACCUUCAGCAAACAGGAGAGCUGUGGAAUGUCGGUGUGUAAUGGGAAGAUCUUCAUCCUGGGUGGGCGGGGUGAGAACGGCGAGGCCUCUGACUCCAUCCUGUGUUACGACCCGGCAACGGGCAUCAUCACCGGCGUAGCGGCCAUGCCUCGCCCCAUCUCUUACCACGGCUGUGUCACCAUCCAUCGUUACAACGAGAAGUUCCACCACCGGCCCUGACCCCACAAACACACACACAAACACACAGGCUUGUACAUAAACAUGCUUUAAAAGACAUUCACUCACACAAAAAGAUUCUUCAGACACGCGCUCUCUAAAAAGGGUGCAGAUAGACAUGCACACACUGUCAACCCUUUUAUUUCCCUCUCAAGAAGCAACUAAUUUAGAAAUUCAGACCACAGCCCCAGUUUCAGUUGAACUUGUUUCCUUAUUGUCCCAUGAAGCAACACUCUGGUGCCGGUAUUGUGGUAUUCCUGCUAUGCUACUCCAGAUCCAUCUAUGCCUGCCAGUUGACUUUGUUAGGGUGGUUGUUCAAUGGAAAACCAAACCAUAGACUGGCUGGUAUGCCUCCAGACACCACUAUGUCUGUGUUUAGAUAGAGCCUUCAUGGAGCCCGUGGCAGGAUCAGAUCAGAGCAGGCAGACAUGCGCCAGGGUUGACAUUUUGUCGGUCGGUGAUUUUCAAGCAAAUAACUGCCGGUGUCAUGGUAAUUAACCGUUAAUUAACAUAAACACAUUUAGCAUCUCCUGGCUUCCACUCAUAGCCUACAAGCCACUGAUGCAGACCUUUGGAAUAUAUACAUUUUUUUUAAAAGUCUUAAUAAAUCCAUUUAAUAUGGCCUACACCUUCACAAUUAAUCCAUAAUUUAUUUUAGACAGGUCUAAAGAAACACGAUAUGAAGAAACCACCAUUCUCAAAAGUGACCGCAAAUGUGAUUAUAAUUGUAAUGCUUCAUUAUCUUCCCCAAACUUGGAACUCACAAGCAGCCUAUGUAUGUCAGUUAUUCUCCACACCGGUUGUAAAGGGGGAAAAAAUAUGUGUCAUCUAGGCACUUAAAUAGCGAAUGGAUGACUCUUUUCCCCUGGUUAAUUUUCAUGCCUGCCAGGUAGGCUGUACUCCUGUUGUAAAUAUAAGCAUUGUGCUUAAUAUUAGGAAGGUUGAGAAAUAAAUAUAGUAGGCCUAGUCUAUAGAAAACUGAUGGGAGCCUCCUCUUUUUAGUAGAAGCCAUCACUCUGUUUUCUCACACAAUUGCAUAGCCUAUAGAAAUUUUGCACAACGUGAGCUCAUGGUCUCUCAUGAAGUGUUUGAUUUGAUUUUCCAAUCACAUUUGCAUUGAUGUUCGAGUGAUUAUAGGGACAAUAGAGUGCUGAGUACCAGGCAGUUAGCAAGUUUGGUAGGCUACUAAUGACCACCAGCAGCAUCAGAGCGCAGUUUUGGAGAAGCCUAGUUACCGUGACUAAACAGUCACGUGUAAUUUGACUGCGGUCAUGACUUGUGAACGGCGGUACAGCGGUAAUAUGGUCACUGUAACAGCCCUAGACAUGCCUAGCAGCAGUGAGUAGGCCACAUGCAUUCUUGUGCCAGUAGCAGCUCCUCAUCUCCUCUUCCUAAGAACCAGAGAUAGUCUCUAUCUGCACAUCAAAGAGCACAAUCUUUGAUGGACAGAUAGGGAGUCGUGAUAGUGGAUGAAACAAAGUGUUGCUUUUAGAGAUUAUCUCCUUAAUCUUCAGGUGUUCAGGUGGACAAGUACUGACAGAUAGUGAAUUGUGAUAGUGAACAGGAAAGCUUUGAUUCAGACUUGAGAGAAAUCCAUAGGAAUCUGCCACUGAUUGACAAGGGGUGGUACAGUAAUUCUUAGAACCCAGUUUUAAAAGGCAAUAUCCAUUCCAACCAUCUUAAAAUGGCCUCCUCUUUCUUCGUAACCACUUGAUAGUAUCAUGGAAAUUGGAACAGUAUCAUGGAAUGUAUCAAGCACCUGGAUGCCAGAGGGUAGGAAUGUGGUUCCAUGACUUCAAUUUUAUAUGUCGUUAAGCAGUGAUUGUUUGGUAUAAAACAAAAGAAGCUGGCCUAUGCUUAUCCAAAAACAGAGUCCAUGUCCAAAUAGAACGAAACGUCUUAUUUUCAUUGUCUUCUUUUGUCUCAUUGCCACUAAUUUCAAACGACAUUCAUUUUAGGAAGCUACCUCCUGCUGUGGUCUGAACUCUGAUUCCGCUGACUCCCAUUUCCUUUUCCUGUUAGAGGUUCCCUUACUUACUCUUUCCAUAUCAUCUCUUUCCUCUCCUCAUAUCCUACCUCUUAUCACUGACACUUUCAUCAUAAUUCCCUUGAAUCUUUGCUAUACACACACACACACACACACACACACACUGAUUUUUUUUGUUAUUGUUCAAUUUAUUAAAUUAUAUUUGUCUUUUUGACUUUGGAUAUGUGUGCUGAUCUUAUACCUUGUGCUUGUUGCUACAUAGAGUUUAGAUAGCUGGUUUGGAUGUUGGGUGUGUGGGUGAUUUAGUCAAUAUCAGCAGGGCUGUUUUCUAGCAUUUUGGGGGCCCAAAGCGAGAUUUGGUUUGCAGAGAGCAAAUGUUGCAUUAUUAAAACAAAUUUCAUGCAGUUCUACACAUUUUGCCAUGGGUUCGGGGCCCAAUAGCGGCCGCUUAUGUCGCGUGUGAAACAGCACUAGAUAUCAGAUGCCUUAGUAGAUGAAAUCUCAAAGACUGUUAUAAGUGAGUGGUAUAUUGGGUGAUUUUUAUUAUAUGUAAACCAGUUAUAGCUUUAUAUCAUAACAGUCUGUUUACUAUUGUGCUGCUUACCCAGUGGCCUUGCCUCAUAUAUGCAAAUUCUAUAGAACUCUGUGCCAUACAUAGACAAUGGCACCUCUCACCUGUAUACUCAUACAAUGUAUAGCUCAUGUACACAAUGUAGCUCGGGGUAACCAUGGAAACCUCCAGGUGUGUGUGCCGUUGGCUUUACCGAGCUGACACCUGUGUAUUAACUCAUAGGAUGUGAUGGCAGGUGUGAUGGUGGUAAUUGUAAGUCUUGAUUCUGGUCAGUAAAAGUCGCCUUUUACUUUUGUGUCGUUAGAAUAAGAGACGAAUCGCUGUGAAUUGAUGUAUUGCUGUGAUACGGUGACGUUGAGACCUUCUCUUUGUCACAUUUUUAUUCAAAUGUUCUGUCAUCCUUGUUUGCAUGUGGUUUGUGUCUUUUUGCUGUUUUUUUUGUAUCCGAGAGCCCCAAUUGUGCACUUUUACUAUUAUAUCACAAUGUAAAUAUGAUUUUUUUUUAUUACCUGUUAUUACUGUAUCAGUAAAUGCUAUUUGCUUUCAUGUGACGUAUGUGAGUGGGGUGAAUGGAGCCUGUCAGCGCCUCGUACUGGUCUGCCUGCUAUUGCUGUGGGUCCCCACAAAUAGCACAACUAUAAUAUGUCAGAUCAAGAUCAACACAGGGAGAGAAAGAGGGGGAGGGGGGUAGAGGAACAUGCACUACGUUAUUGCUCUAUAUUGGAUGACUCUCAAGGGGAGAAGUGAUUGAAGGAUGUAAAUGCAGAGUUAGUCAUUUGGCCCAGAUCAAAUCCCUAAGGUGAUGUUUUGAACUUGCUUUCAUGGGAACCCUGAAUUUGAGCUAUGGAUUGAUGAAUUUGUAUAGCCUACAGUACUUGUGUACAAGAUGAGGGCUAGUUCCACCUAGAGAAUGCAAUCCUUUGUGCCUGGAAUAAGACAAUAUUGGAUUAAAAUCUGUCUUUCUGAUAUUAAGAAAACAGCAUUAAAUUAAAGUAUGUAUGAAGUGAUAUUCAAAUCUCUCUUUCGCCUUGGUUCUUCUGUUUCUUCUGAAAAUUAGCGUGGACUGUCUGAGCUAUAGUAUGUCGGACUGUAAUUGCUGGCUUGUGUAAAUGAAGCAUCAAUAAAGUUAUUCUCUAUACUGAA